CACUGUUCAGAAUUUACAAGUUUGGACCGUCAGGACACUUCACGUUUAGUACAGUGAGUUGACUUUCGACUGAUAGAACGACGAUACAUAAAUUAUCCAGUGAAAACGAAUAAAUAAUCAUAUUACCAAGCAUGUGAUCUACUGAAUCAGCACGUGCUUAAGGCGAAUUAUACAAUUCAGUGAGGAUAAAAGACUGAGGAAGUAUCUGUAAUCAACUUUCCUGGAAUCGAACUCCUUUUCCGAUAGCUACUGGUCACUAAGCGAAAGAAAAAAAAGCUAUUAACGUUAGGGAAAGUUGAAAAUUCUGAUUACAUUUUAAAACUUUACGACAUUAACAAGAAAAGGAAAUAUUCCAACAAAUAAUCAUGCCACUGGUGACGAGACUGUCUGGUGAAGGGGUAAUAUUAGCAGAUUCAAAUCGAAUUGAAACGGUGGAGGAGGAUGAGGAGCUAGAGACUAUUCCACGAUCUCCACCCAAUCGCGAAAAUGGAGGCGUCGUGGAUGGCGGAGGAGAGAGCGAUGGUGGGGAUAGAGUCGAUGAUGACGAAGAUGGUGGUGGUGGUGGUGGUCUUCGUCAAAGCAGAGCAAUGAGGCUUUUGCAAGAUAGACGAAGACUUGUAGAUCGGACGGUGAGUGAGGGUCAGCUGAAGAUCGUUCCAGUAGGUCUACGGGUGAGGAGCAAAUCAACUGAUGAUGAUAGCGAGAGACCGGACUUCUUCGAAUUACGAGCCAAAGAUGUAAUGAAAAACUAUUGGCUACGACAAACAUUUACGAGCUGGUGGGCUCUUAGAAGCACGCCUUUCGCGGCAGACCUCCUCCCUUGCAAGGGAGCCAGUGGACUCACUGCCAAAUUCUUGAAGGAGAUGCAUGAGAUCCUUGUGGAGUACGUCCAGGAGUCCUACGACCGUACCACCAAGAUCCUAGAGUUCAACCAUCCUCAUGACCUGAGGGAGAAGCUCCACUUGGAGCUCCCUGACAAGGCGGAGAACCUGGAUCAGAUUCUCAAUGACUGUCGGAACACGCUCAAAUAUUGCGUACACACAGGUCAUCCACGGUUCUUCAACCAAAUCUCACAAGGGCUCGAUAUUGUUUCAAUGGCAGGGGAAUGGCUGACAGCUACAGCUAAUACAAACAUGUUUACAUACGAAAUUGCACCAGUAUUUGUUUUGAUGGAGAGGGCCACAUUGAAAAAGAUGAGGGAAAUUGUCGGCUUUAAAGAUGGUGAUGGUAUUUUUGCCCCUGGGGGAGCGGUAUGCAAUCUGUAUGCAGUGUUAGCUGCCAGGCAUAAAUUCUUCCCAGCCUGCAAAAGACGUGGCUUGUUUGGUCUGCCCAAUCUUGUCAUGUUUACGUCGGAACAGAGUCAUUUCUCGAUCAAGCGGGCGGCCUCCAUCCUGGGUAUUGGUACAGAUAAUCUCAUCCUCGUUGAGACAGACGACAGGGGAAGGAUGAGUGCAGAGGAUUUUGAGAACAAAGUUCAACAGGCGAUUGGAAGGGGGGACAAACCUUUCUUCGUCAACGCUACAGCUGGCACAACCGUAGUAGGAGCAUACGAUCCAAUCAACAAAAUUGCAGAUAUCUGCUCAAAAUAUAACCUUUGGAUGCAUGUAGAUGCUGCUUGGGGAGGGGGUGCACUACUUUCGCGGAAACAUCGUCAUAAACUGGAUGGUGUUAGUAGAGCCGAUUCGGUGACAUGGAAUCCUCAUAAGAUGAUGGGUAUUACACUACAGUGCGCUGCUGUGCUAUUCAGAGAAGACGGUCUUUUGGAGGACUGUAACUCGAUGCGCGCCCCCUAUCUCUUUCAACAGGACAAGCACUAUGACGUUUCGUUUGAUACGGGCGAUAAGACCAUACAAUGUGGGCGCCAUGUAGAUGUCUUCAAACUUUGGUUGACGUGGCGAUCAAAGGGAACAAGAGGUUACGAGGUUCAAAUCAACAAACUCUUCGAAUUAGCCCAGUAUCUCGUGGACAAGAUAAAGGCGAGGGAAGGAUUCGAGUUGGUAUACGACAAGCCGGAGCUAACCAACGUAUGCUUUUGGUAUUACCCACCUAGUCUACGUGAAAUGGAAAACUGCCAAGAAAAGCAGCUCAAACUUCACAAGGUUGCUCCCGAGAUCAAAGCAAUGAUGAUGAAUAAAGGUACGGUAAUGGUGGGCUACCAGCCUCUUGGCAGUAAGGUCAAUUUCUUCAGAAUGAUCGUGAACAACACAGCAUCAACCAAAUCCGACAUUGAUUUUAUGCUCGACGAGAUCGAAAGACUUGGCAAACCGCUGACCUGGGAUGCUUAAUUAGACGUGAUUAAAUUGUUGAAUAGAGGAGAAUAAUUCUUUUUUAUUCCGCGGGUUGAUUAUUUGAAGAUUCACCAUUAAACACGACUUUAAAAAGAGUAACUUCAAAGCGUAAAUAAUAUGUAAUAAGAAACAGAAACGUUUAUUGAAAAUUAUGCAAUCUUGUGCCAUUAUGUUAAGCCCAACAAUGAGGUUAAGCGUAAUUGUUUAUUCUGUUUGCAUUUCAUUUCAUAUGAAGUAAACAUGCAGUAAUUAUUAUGGACCAACCUCAAGCUUUUAAUUGUCAUUAACUUAGAAUCUAGUCUUUUCUAACCUUGUUCUGUUGUUUUACGUUGCAUUUUUAGUUUGUAUACCAUGUACAUGAUGUAGGGAAAUAUAUACAUGUAUCUCUAUAAUGUUAGUCUUAAGUUGGUAUAACGUGUUUGGAUGCAGCUAGAUAGCAAAUAUCAAACAACCGGCAGAAAAAAAAAUGUCAAGUUCUAACGUUCCAUCGUCUUGAUAACGUUGACCCAUCAUUAUGUUAAAAUGCUUUGACCUUACCCCCAUAAUUCCAUAUGCAGCGAUUUAUUCAAAUAAUUGUCAUAGCAACAUUAUUGCUAUGUUUGAAAUUUUCACCCCCUCUCCAUGAUAAUGUUAUGCAACGUUUAUAUAAACCCAAAUGUCAGUCACCCUUUUGGAAACACAUGUCUAUUCAAUGGAAUUUCACCGUCUCCAUAUUUGAACGAAUUCCGAUUUCCUUGUUUAUUCCUUUAAUCAGAUUCCUUUUUGGGGGGAGAGAGUUAAAAUGACGUAUUAACAUUACCCCUCCCCUUCCUAUUUUUCCUUUAUAUACAUGACAACUGGAUAAUAAACUUCACUUUCAUGAUUUUGAAUAUCCUCCCUGUAAAUCUUCACUUUCAUGAUUUUGAAUAUCCUCCCUGUACAACAAUAAGGAACAUUACACGAAUUAAUAUUAUAUUAUUUUAUACUAUAUCAGGAGUGAAACGAUCAAACCCUCGUAUGUUUUAAGCAUUUUUUUUUUUCACAGAUAAUUUCAGAAUUAUUGUGUGAAAGAAGAAUGAUAUUUUUACAGUUUGCAUUAAUAUUAUUUCAUUGAUAAUAUUUGACAAUGAAACAUUGUAUAUUUAUAAGAUUAUAAUGUAUAUACUCAAUUACAUUAUCAGUAAAUACUGAUAAUAAAGAUGUACAUUUGAAAUAUAUAUAUCAAAAUCAUAUAUGUGCGUUUUAGAGUAUGCUAAUUACAGUGCAUUUAACACAAAAUUUGAAUUCAUCAAUAUGAUAUGAAGGAGUAAAAGUUUGAAUAUAUGUGUUUUAUGUUGAAUGCAAAUAAUAAUAUAUUUUAAAAAAUAAAUUGGAUUGGAACAUUAGCAUAAUUAUUCGAGUGAAGUUGAAAAAAUUCUUGCGAAAAGAAAAUUGUUAGUUAAAUGUGACUAGGUAACACUUUAGCUGUGUAAUGUAUAUUCAUUAGUGCAAUAUGCACGCAUUUCUGACUAUCAUUACUUAUUUUGGACAAACAAAAAAAUCGGAAAUGUACCUUUAGGGGAUGAACAUUAAUACAAAGGUCUGAGUAUGAUUCAUACUGUAUGAAGCAAAACAAUGUUAGAAAAUGUGAAAGCAGUCUAGAACCCCUAGACAUUAACAUCAAUAUUACAUUCAGAAGCAAAUAUAGUUAUGAACCUAUUUUUCCUCAAUAAGAUUUCUUCUGAAUUGUAUUUCUAAUGCUAAAACUUCUAAUCUAAUUCUAGGUUUGUCCCUUAUAAUAAAUAGAUGUGAUUGAGAGUAUGGUGAACAAAGUUUCUUUUUUUAUGUAACGGUAUGCUUCCUUUUAGACUCUUAACGAAAGAAAGGUGUGUGUAUGGUAGAAACAAUAUUUUUUUCCAUAGCUAAGAUCCUAAUUGACAUCAGUUGCGAGGGGCAUGUGUCUGAGAAAGAUUUUUUAGGAUUUUAAGCAUCAACAAAAUAAUGUGACAAGUUUGUCCCCUGCCCGUGCUUAAUAGUAACAUGUAUUUUAUUUGAUUAAUGUACUUCAUUAUUUUAUUCCACCUCAAUCUUCCUUCUGUUUUAUCGAAUUCGUUUUAGUGAACAAUCAUAGGCAUACGUUGAAUCAUUCAAUUUCUGUCUUGUUCCUAUAUUCUUAUCGAUCCGUCCUGUUAUCAUUUAAAUGUUUAGAAAUAUUUACCCUUUUUGAAAUAUCUAUUAUAAUGUUAUUUAUUAUGUUUGGAAAUUAUGCUGUGUUGGUUUGUUAAUUUAUUUCUUGAAAUAAAUGGUGUACUUUUCGAAUAUUGAAGCAGUAGUGCGAAGAAAACAUUUACCAAACUGUUUACUCGUCUCUAUUACGACUUGGACUAUAGUUUGAACAUGUUGGAGAGUGAAUGAUCACUAAAAUGCCAACUACAGAUAAAGUAAGAUUUUCAAUUGUAUUAUGUUAUCUUUGCAAUAAAUUAUACUAACCAAGAAGCAUCAUCCAAUUGAGUUGACUUAUUAAAACACACACACCUAAACGCACUUCUAAGUGCGCACUUGGGUACUCAUCAAAGUGGAGACGUGUGUCUACGGUCCCCUACACUCAACAUAUUCAUUUUCGGAAAAAGCUAAAGGAUAGUUCGCUAACUGGUUACGCUUCCUAUCUCUGCACAAAACUAGAGUGGGAGAACGGAUUGAAAUAAGAUGAGGUUUUGAUUGACAUGGUUAUCUUGACCGGGGACGUCCCUUGUUGAUGGGUAAAUGUAAGAAGGUUGACCCAACAGUAGCCAUUACAAGCACUCCCUCUCACAUAUAUACAUACAAACAUACAACACAAAAUUUAUUAGCGCAUUCCAGUGCGUACCUAGGAUUUUCCACAGGGAGGGGCGGGCAAACCCGUCCCCCGAAAAACUUUGACAAGCAAAAAAAAAAGGUCUCCAAUAAAAAAUAAAGGAUU